UGAAACUUAGUCAGUUCUCAGUUCGCGGCUUGUGUCUCUUGGGAAUAUGUGGGUUGUGCUGUGCAUUCUAGUAGGCUUGCCGCUGCUUUUGGUGGCCUAUUUCGAACUUGGCCUAAUGCGCCGCAAACGCAUGCUAAACAAGUUCCAGGGGCCCCGAAUGCUGCCCGUAGUUGGGAAUGCACAUCAAAUGGGCAAGACACCCACAGAAAUUCUAAAUCGCUUCUUCGGUUGGUGGCACGAGUAUGGCAAAGGUAAUUUUCGUUACUGGAUUGGAUCCUAUUCAAACAUUUUGAUAACAUGCCCCAAAUAUAUGGAGUUUAUACUCAGUAGUCAGACACUGAUUUCGAAGGCGGAUUCAUAUGAUCUCAUGCAUGCCUGGUUGGGUUUGGGCUUGCUUACUAGUACGGGUAGCAAGUGGCACAAACGCCGAAAAAUGAUCACUCCUGCCUUCCACUUUAAUAUCCUGCAGGACUUUCACGAGGUGAUGAACGAGAACUCCAGUAAGUUCAUCGAUCAACUGAGAAAAGUGGCGGACGGGGACAACAUCUUCGAUUUCCAAGAGGAGGCUCAUUACCUGACUUUGGAUGUAAUUUGCGAUACCGCCAUGGGGGUUUCCAUAAAUGCCAUGGAGAAUAGAAGUUCAUCUGUUGUGCAAGCUUUUAAAGACAUGUGCUACAUCAUUAAAAUGAGGGCCUUUAAUCCGUGGAAACGGAACGAAAAGCUAUUUCGCUGGGCAUCCGACUAUCCAGCUUAUAAGAGAACUUUGAAAACUCUUCAAGAUUUUACAAACGAGAUCAUUGAAAAGAGGAUUGAAGCUCGAAACUUGAACAACACACCGGAAAGUCCUGGCACUGAGUUCGUUCGCAAAAAGAUGGCCUUUUUGGAUACAUUGCUUUCUUCCAAAAUCGAUGGUCGUCCCUUGACUUCCCAGGAGCUUUACGAAGAAGUAUCCACUUUCAUGUUUGAGGGUCAUGACACCACCACCUCUGGUGUGGGUUUUGCGGUUUAUUUGUUAUCGCGACAUCAAGAUGAGCAGGCUAAAUUAUUUAAAGAGCAGUGCGACAUAAUGGGUGAAUCCAGCCUCUGUCGGGAUGCUACUUUCCAAGAAAUCAGCCAAAUGAAAUACUUGGAUCUUUUCAUAAAAGAAGCUCAACGUCUCUAUCCCAGUGUUCCGUUUAUUGGACGCUUUACUGAGAAAGACUAUGUAAUUGAUGGUGAGGUAGUACCUAAGGGAACUACGCUGAACUUGGGCAUUCUCUUCUUAGGAUAUAAUGAUCGCGUUUUUAAGGAUCCACAUAAGUUCCGACCCGAGCGCUUUGAAGAGGAAAAGCCUGGUCCCUUCGAGUACGUGCCAUUUAGUGCCGGUCCGAGGAAUUGCAUUGGACAAAAGUUUGCUCUUCUCGAAAUCAAGACAGUAGUAUCCAAGAUUAUACGAAACUUUGAGGUUCUGCCUGCCCUUGACGAACUCGCCUCUAAAGACGGCUAUGUAGCCACCACUGUUGGGCUACCGGCAGCGGAGAAGGCUAAAAAGGAUGCAUUAAUUCACAAAUAUGAUCCCAUUUUGUCCGCGGCCAUGACACUUAAAUCGGAAAAUGGUCUCUUUCUACGCAUGAAAUCGAGGCUGUAAAAUAAAGCAUACUCUUAGGCCCAAAAUGAA